AUGACGACGCCUUCACACAACCGGCCGCUGCCAGACUUGAGCACCAUCAAGGCUGUGCUGUUUGAUGUGGAUGGCACACUCACAAACAGCGACCCCCUCCACUUCAAGGCCUUCCAGGACAUCCUGCUGGAGUACAACUACAAGGGGUACAACAAUGGGGAGCCCAUCAGCAGGGAGUUUUUCGACGAGCACAUUUCGGGCGGCCACAAUAUCCUGCUGUCCAAGUUCCUGUGGCCCGACCGCGAUCAGGAGUUCCGCGACAGGUUCUCCGACGAGAAGGAAGCCCUCUUCAGAAGAUACGCCGAUUCAGUGCUGGAGCGCGUGCCGGGGCUGACAGAGUUCCUGGCGUGGAUCGACGAGCGCGGCCUAAAGAAGGCGGCCGUGACCAACGCCCCCCGCGAGAACGCGCGCGUCAUGCUCGAGGCGCUUGAACUAGGGAAGUGGUUUGACAUAGUGGUGCUGGGAGAGGAGAGCGCUCGGCCAAAGCCGCACCCUGACCCAUACCAGGACGCGCUGAAAGCCUUCGGCCUCCAGCCGCACGAGGUCAUCAUCUGCGAGGACUCCCCCUCAGGCACGGCGGCGGGCGUUGCUGCAGAGGUGCCGGUGGUCGGGAUCCUGACCAGCCAGACCAAGGAGCGUAUGGAGAAGGCAGGAGUCUCGCUCACAAUUCCAGACUACCACGAACUCGUCAAAAUAGCCAAGGCGGAUGUGGCCAAGCACCAGAAUGGCGCUAUUGCCAACGGCCACGCCUGA